CCCAAAUCUUAAUUUUUGUUUUUUUUUUUUUUUCUCUUCUCUUCUCUGUGUACUGCGAAACCCUAGUGCUCUCUAUAUCCGAUUUUUAGGGUUUAAGAGUCAAAUCAUUUGGCAUCUCUCUUACCUGGCCUACGCGGAUCGCACUUCGUUUCGCUAGAUAACUCUCUCAAACUCGAUCCUUUUAAAUUUUCUCUGUUUGUUGCGAUUAUACGGCUUUGAUCCGUAAUGGUGACUGGGUCCAGAACUAGCGGUAAUCGUGGGGUAGGACUCGAUGAUGGAGCCAAAAAGAUGAUUCAAUCGAUUAAGGAAAUUGUGGGUAAUCACUCCGAUGCCGAUAUUUACACUGCCCUUAAAGAAGCAAACAUGGACGCUGACGAGGCUGUGCAGAAGCUGAUUUAUCAAGAUCCAUUCCACGAGGUGAAGAGAAAAAGAGACAGGAAGAAAGAGGAUACAGUACCUGUUGAGCCGGCCAAUAUAAAGAAACCUCUUGAAAAUGUUACCAGUGAAGUGAAAGUUCGUACACAGCCUGAAUAUAAUGUUCGGAGAGGAGGCUACAAUAGAAAUUUCUUCCCCAGGAAUGCUGUUCAACGAAAUGCAUUUCCUAGGAAUCCUGCUACUGGAUCCAACAGAGAGUUUCGUGUUGUUAGGGACAACAGGUCUAAUCCAAAUGUUGAUGGAGAGGUGAAGCAUUCUUCUGCCCUGUCUUCUGAAUCAAAUAUUAACAAAGUGGUGGCCACUGUGACCAAAAAGGGCUCAACAGGUGGUUUGGGAGACCGUGACUUUUCUGAGGCUCAAGAUUUUACUGGUGAUGUCAGGCUCAGGCAGGGUGAAAUUGCUCCUUCUUCUACCAAUAAAGAAAUCUCUGAUGGAAAGCAGACAGUCCGUGGAGUUACUUUGCAAUCAACCAAUUCAGUUCUUGGUGUAUAUGCGUCUUCCACAGAUCCAGUUCAUGUACCAUCCCCUGUUUCUAGAUCAUCACCCGUGGGAGCUAUUAGACGGGAAGUAAGAGGUGUAGGUUUAGGUGGAAAACCUUCUGAAAAUGUUGGUAAAGAUCCAUCUGUCCGAUCUUUUACAGGGUCCUCUAUGAGAAAGAAUGGGCCUCCAAAUGCAUAUCGACCAUCUUCCCCAACUUUAAAGAUUGAUCACAAUCAAACUACUGCACGAGAGCCUAUUAUGUCCAGCGGUGUUGAAAAGAAUAGGUCAUUUUUGAACAGACAGCGUGGGAAUAGAGGAAGUCAAUAUGCUAGAACACAACAAGUUGGUGGCCAUACAAAGGGAGUCUCACAGAACAAGGAGUGGAAACCUAAAUCAAAUCAGAAACCUGUUGGACACAACCCUGGAGUAAUUGGAACGCCUACAAAGUCUCAAGCUCGCCGUCCUGCUGAUAAUUCCAUAAACGUCGAAUCAGAAGCCGUGAAGUUGCAAGAUACGCUUUCGCAUGUUCAUAUCAGUGAAAGUCAGAAUGUCAUCAUCGCAGAUCAUAUUCGCGUCCCGGAGACUGACCGCUGUCACCUGACUUUUGGUAGCUUUGUUCAAGAGUUCAAUUCGUCAACAAAUUCAGCAUCUGCUUUUCAAGAAUCAUGCUCUUCAGAAGAACUUAGAGAAUCUGAUCAGAGUUUGCCAGCUACUUGUCCUGAGGCUUCAACAGAUGGUCUGGGCGUUCAGCCUAUUAGUAUUCUUGAUGAUCAUGUCAGAAUUUCUGCAUCUGAGUCACCCGUCUCGGCUGUAUCUGAGCCACAGUUGCCCGACCAGAAAGAAACUAAUAGAUCUGACAAUUUGGAUGAGUACUCGGGAGUCCAAUCACUCAAUAGGAAUGGUCCACCCUAUACUCCUUUAGAGUUUGAACAGCAGCAAGAUCCUCCGGAGUUGCAAAAAUUCUCACAGGCAUAUGAUAAUCAUGGGAGCUAUGAAUUUCCUUAUUUUAGUCCUGUAAUGGAUGAAACCAUACGAGGUCAAGGAUUACCAUCUCCACAGGAGCAGGCAUUAGGUUCUCACAUGGUAAAUAAUGCCCCUCCAUCUACUAUUCCCAUGUUGCAGCAACAACAACAACAAGCAUCAAUGCAACAGAUGUAUCCACAGGUUCAUGUUUCACAUUAUCCCAAUCUCAUGCCUUAUCGUCAGUUCCUCUCCCCAGUCUAUGUUCCCCACCAGAUGCCCAUGCCAGGCUACUCAGGUAACCCAGCAGCAUAUGCACACCCUUCAAAUGGUAAUGGCUAUGUACUGAUGCCUGGAGGCGGUUCUCAUCUCGGUUCGAAUGGUGUCAAGUAUGGGAUCAAUCAGCAAUUCAAACCAGUUCCAACAGGUGGGCAUACGGGGUUUGGGACGUACAACAAUCCUAAUGGGUAUCCAAUUAAUCCUCCCAAUGUAGUUGGAAACGCUACUGGACUUGAAGAUUCAUCUCGCAUGAAAUACAAAGAUGGAAAUAUCUACAAUCCAAAUCCUCAGGCUGAGACUUCUGAGAUUUGGAUGCCAAAUCCCAGAGAUCUUUCAAGCCUUCAGUCUCCUCAAUAUUACAACGUCGCUGGACAAACGCCUCAUGGCGCUUACUUAUCAUCCCAUACAGCACAUCCAUCCUACAACGCCGCUGCAGCAGCAGCACAAUCACCUCACAUGCAGUUCCAGGGUCUCUUUCACCCGCCACAGCCUGGUACGAUGGCGAAUCCGCACCACAUGGGACCUGGGCUUGGUGGUAAUGUUGGAGCUGGGGUCGUGCCCUCUCCUCCGUCUCAAGUUGGUACUUAUCAGCAAUCACAAAUUGGUCAUCCGAACUGGCCAGCAAGCUUCUGAACAAAAUCUAACCUUUGUCUACUUGUCUAAUGGGUUAUAAUAGCCAAAAGCAAAUAUUUUGAUUCUCCUUAUGAAACGCCCAAACUCUGUUUUAAUUAAUCUUUUUAUUCAAUGCAUAAAAGGUUCCCAGCU